AUGUGCACCAAAAAGAACAACAAGUUGCCGUGUCUUAUACCAUAGACCAUCAUCUUCGAUAAACUCAUGCCUAAGGUUUGGCUCUUCAAUCCCAAGAACACUCAAGUGGUCAUGAAAAAGAAUUCAGACAAACUCUCCAACCUCGAAAUUGCUAAGGCUUUACUUGGUAUUAAAUUCCCUAAGGACAUCAAGAUUGACACUCUGACUCAAUUGGUUGAGCAAGCAAGGUAGUCUCCUCAAUUCAGAGAGGAAACUCCAAUAGCAUUUUUGCAGAUGAAAAGGAAUGAGGGCAUCCCUAUGAAUAGAUAAGAGUUAUUGCAAUUCUUUGUUGAAGGCAAAGAUCUCUCAUCUUUGGCAUACAUGCAAUAGUACAUUGAAAAUCAAAAUGAAGUCUACUACGUUGAGUACCAUUAUGAUGUUGAUUUCAUUCCAAUCACUUUCAAGUUUUUCAAGAAGACUCUCACAAUCAAAAGAGCCAACAAAAGUACAACUGCUAAAUCCACCAAUCCCUUCUAAACCCUCUUGAUGCCAGUCCAAAGCAGUGGUUAAAUUCCAGUCAGACAACAAGAAGUUUAGAAAGUGCAAACUAUGUUCAAAUAUUGCAAUUCUACUCUGAAUCAACGCUUCUAAGAAGUACCUAUAUCAUUUACUAAUUCCUAAAGGAGGCGAAAAAGGUAGCAUUCUACAUCGAAAAGGUCUUCAAAGUCAAAAUACGCAAAUUCACUCCCAAAUUCAUUGUUGAUUAAAGAGAACAGAUCUAUUUUGCUGGUAUCAAAUAAAUCUCAAUCUAAAUUUAAAAAGGAGGUACUUUUUAGUUCAUAUGCAGCACCUUAUCAAAGAGGGUUGAGAGAUGAAAUUGCUAGUAAUGGUUAAUUUGAUAAUUUCAUGAUGGCAUGCAAGUAGUUUAGAUUGGACAAGAAUGCAAACAAUGAAUUCAAAAAGUAUCCCAAAUAGAUUGUAGAAGAGGAUAAGAAAUUGAGUAAAACACUCUACAAGCAUUUAAUAUUGGAAAGAUGUCAAGGAGACUUUUGCAAUUAUAAAUUAAUAGAAAAAAACAAAGGACCCUUGCAAUUAAGGAAGGGACUAUUGGAAACAUACAAGAAUGUGUUUAAAGAGUCCAAAUAGACAGUCAGUAAUAUGAGUACCAAUUUACCUUAUGAAAUCUCAUUGUAAUUAAUAGUGCGUACACGUGAUGAUCAUAAAGAAGUCAUUGAACUUUUUAAAAAAUUUAAAAUUCAUUUAGAAAAUUACAAUCCAGAAGAACAUCCAGAAAUUAAAGACGAAUAAUAACAUCCAUUUAGUAAGGAGAAUUCAGAUGUUCAAGCACUAAUCAAUCUAUAUAAAUCAGUUAAAAUUUGUAAGAAUUGUUUCAUAAUCUAUUCUAUGAUUCAAAGACACUUUGAAUCCUAACUCAAAAAAGAUAUUAAAAAUGGAGUCUAAUUUAUCAAUGAGAAGAAGACUCCCUCAUUACAAAUAGAUGAAGAAGCAGAAAGACGUAGAAAGAGAGAAGAAAAUAUUCACAAAAGACAAGAGAAAUUAUUGAUGAAACCAACUACAUCUACUAAAUCUUUCAGAAUAUUCAGAGCUCCAACACAAAAGAGGAAUUUCCUGAUUACUUCCAUACCUGAAAGCAGAGUUUCUAAAACUGCAUCACCUGAAAAGUUUAGAGAUAUUUGCAAGUAAAUUGAAAUCAAUAGAUUGACUUUGGGUUAUUUGAAUUAUUAGAAAUUGGAGCAAUUCCAAAAGCCAAGUCAGAUGGAACAAUCUCAAGAGUUUAGAAAUGAAUCAUAUAAUUUGAUAAACCUCCUUUCAGAACAAAAAGCACCCAAUGUUAGAAGAAUUGAUACAAAUCAGUAGGAGAAUAAGGAAUUGCAAGGGAGAGCAGAAGAGAUAAAGAAAAUGCUAGUUAAGACUUCCAAGAAGGAGUAGGAAUGUAGAGCAAUACAGAAGGAAUACUAUAUUGAGAAGACAUAGGAAGGAGCUUAAUAGAUCUUGCUUUCGACUUCAUCCCAUUACUAUUAUCAUGUUAAUUUUGAUAUCGUAAGGAAGUUGUAUCAAUUCUAAUUAAGUACUCCGAUGUAAGCAUUAUCCUAUGAUUUGAAAUAUGACCAAUUAAGGCCAUUACAAAUUGAGGAGGUCUGUGAGAUGAUGAAUUACCCAUCUCCUUGUUUUGAUAUCACAUAAUUGGAGUAUUUGGUAGUUGAUUCCCAGACUGCUGUACCAUAUGCUUUAUUCGAGAGCAACAUAACAAAAAAGAAGGAGAAGAGUUCCCAAUCAGGAAUAGAUUUGAUAAUCAUACUCCAUGACAUGUUCGAAUCCUUUUUUGAAUAUUAUCCGAUCAUUGUGGAUUUGAUCAAUGACGCCUAAAAUAAGAAGGUACUGCUCUUAAACACUCCCGGAUAAGCCUACACUUUAUUCAACAAGAAACAAGCAUACACAAAUAUCUACAUAGCAGGCAUCCUAGACUAAAUACUAUAUGAAUUAUCCAUCAAGGGGAAAAUCGACUUGCAAACGGAUACUCUAAAGAUUUUGGGAGUAGGAUCUGGAGGGUUUCAUGCAUAAGCUUUCAUUGUACAAUGCCAAAAUACGAUUCAAUUUAGUUAGAUUGCCUUUAUAAAUUCUUAUACGUCAAUUUAUCCUCAAUUGAGAAGCUUCUUUACUCAAUCAAUAAAAAUCUUUGAAUCUUAACCUUAUGAUAUGCCAGAACUUGCUUUUGAAUACACUAAUACCAUCAUGAAUACUCAGCCAAUUUCUGAAGAUCUACUUUCUUGUGUUUUGCAACAGAAUCCAAUAAAUCAAUUGGGCAGGCAGAUUAUUUUAGAGGGUUUGUUGUAAAGUCCUUCAUUUAUGGAGAGAUUCCAAAAACUGAUCCUAAGUGUGUAGGUAUACCAUUCCUUAAAGAAUUGUUUGGUCAAUAUAUCUGAGGCUGACUUAUUGCAAACAUUCCUGUAGGAUGAGACACUGGAUGUGAAUAAUGUGGCAUUAUCGAAGAAGAUACAAAUGAAUAAACGCACAGUCCAAUACAUUGAGGGUGGCCACUCUGUAUUGUAUGAAAAUAAGGAUUAAUUGCGUGACUUAUAUAAAUAAUUUAUUCAAAUGUAUAAAUUCCUAAUACUAUUGUAAACACUAUUGUGGAUUAGUGAAACAAAAAAGAUUCAGAAGAGUUUUCGUAUCAGAUAGCUGUCUGAUUGGGAAUACCUGACUAAAUUUGGGGCUGAAGUUGGAGAUGUCACUUAUCAUAUCAAAUUCAAACUUGUUGGAUUGGAGUCUGAGGAAAUGAGAGAAAGAAAAUUCCCCAUUUAAUUUGAGCUGUAUUUAGAUGAGGAGUGGCCAGAAGCAUUGGAGAAGCAAGAAUGCGAGAGAGCAUCCUCGGCCAGAAGAAAAGAGACUAUCCAAGUGCCUGGAAAUGGGGAAUUUUCUUAAGUGUACACAGGGAAUAUUAAAGCCAAAGUAAGAGCUCAUAUGUGGUAUUAUGCCAUAUCUGAUUGUCAUCGAAGAUUAAGGGAUGAAUUCAAAGAAGAUUAGUAUAAACGACUUAAAUUAGAAGUGGAUAUUCACAUAAAGAAUGCUGGUAAGACUGAAUUUUCAGUUGAACAGUUUGGAAUUUAAUAUUUCAUGAUUGUGGUAGUUUUGGUUGACAUUGUGAUGUUGGUUUAUAAUGGCUAUUACAUUGUCUAAAGACACGAAAAGUAUGAGGAAUUCAGUUUAGCACUGUUUCUGUUGGUCGUCACUCUUUUCCUUGAAACAAUCUCCUACGGUGUGAAUCUAUUGCACUUGUGGUUUUACAGUAAUGAUGGACAGGGAGUGUUUUUCCUUCAUGUGGCUUCAGUUAUUGUUUAGGUUGCAUCUCAAUUCUCUUUAACAAUGAUAUUAGUGAUGUUGUCUUGGGGUUGGCAAAUCAGUUUCACUAAGUUCGAAAAUUUCGAAAUUUUCUUGCCCUUAUCACUAUUAAUAGCAUUCUUUUAAUUGACUAUCGUAGGGGUUGGUUUUAUUGAUUAUGAUGCUUACUACAAGGAUCACUCUUAUGAAGGAUGGGUUGGCUGGUUGGCAUCCUUUAUAUUUAUUGGAGAAUUCAUCUACUUUAUGAAUGGAUUGUCUAAUACAUAUAAAAAGAGUAAUGGAGCCGUUUAAUAAUUUAUAUUGAUGCUUGGAGUCUAUGGAGGAAUUUAUUUCAUCAGUUUCCCAGUUCUCCAGACAGUCAAUUUGGUUGUGGCCAGAUAUCUUAGACACAAAGUAAUGGAAAUAGGUACAAUAUCUUUGAGGACUGCUGCUAUUCUACUUCUGACUCAUUUGUUUACAUCUAAAAAGUCCCUAUUUGCUAAAAUAUCGUAUGAUAGCAAAAGUUUCUUGGAUAGAAACAAGGAUGAGUGAAUGUUUGUGUUAAUUAUUAUUCAUAUAU